GUCCCCACAUUUGAAUAAUCAUAGUCGCGCGCUUUCGCGGGCCCUCUCGGAGCCAUCUUCAAUGUCGCUCAGUGGAGAGAUGAGUGGGAGACUUUUUGAGGCUCGGGAGGCACGUCGAAAGGGGGACGCGGUCAAAGAAUACUCAGAAAUAUCUAGUGACCGCAAUAAUCUUUCUGGUUGUUUGAAAUCAAGCCGUCUCUAGGCAACAGGCUGUGGAAAGAGACCAGGUGCUGAGACAAAGGCGGUACUGGCGGAGGAAUCAACCAGGCGUGGAUGCGGAGGGGAAUUGAAUUGACGGGCGGCAAGCAACACGAGUAGCUCCGCUGGGAACGCGACCGCCCGCUAGUCCGGCACGGUGUCGACGCGUCCAAAUUGGCCUACAACACCCCAACCACCAUGCUUCAGUCAUUCUUUACCGGACAGUCUUCAUUAUUUCACUUGCUAUUGUGCAGCAAUCGGGGUCAGAUAUGGAAGAUUCAAGCCAAGAAUCGAACACAACAUGCUUCGUCCCUCCUAGCAUAGCACGCGUCCCACUGCUGACGGGGAAGUCUUAUUCUCACUAUACACCUUGUCCCUCCGCCGUUACCCCCCAAUCCACCACCUCGUCAGCUGCGACACCGAAGCAGGAUGUCUCUAGCACACCGUGCGUCCUAGGUGUUGAUGAGGCUGGCCGGGGGCCAGUGCUAGGCCCAAUGGUCUACAGUGCUUUUUACCUGCCGAUGGACCUCCACCACUCCCUUCUAGCUCGCGAUCACAGUUUCGAUGACAGUAAGGUCUUGACUCCCGGCGUGCGUGCCAAUCUGAUGCGACUACUUUGCACCCCCGGACACGCUCUCCAUGAAUCCUGUGGGUGGGCAGUCAAGGUUCUCUCCGCGCGAGACAUCUCGGCGGGGAUGAUGCGGCCCGGUGCUGCGGUUUACAAUCUUAACGCACAGGCCAUGGAUGCUACAAUUGAGAUCAUUCGCGGUAUUGUAGAGGAAUGCAAUGUGGACGUCCGAGAGGUCUAUAUCGAUACUAUCGGCAACCCCGCCUCAUACCAAGCAAAGUUGGAAAAGAUCUUUCCCUCGCUAAAAAUCACAGUAGCGAAAAAGGCCGACUCCCUAUAUCCCUGUGUCAGUGCGGCAAGUGUUGUGGCGAAGGUGACCAGAGAUAUAGCUUUGGAACUGUGCUAUGAAGCAACACUAGAGGCCACCACUGAUUUGGUUGAAAACAAAUCCCCGGAGACGAGCUGGGGCAGCGGUUAUCCUUCAGACUCCAAGUGCACCGGCUGGUUACGAAGAAAUAUGGAUCCGGUCUUUGGAUGGGGCCCUGAAUGUCGGUUCAGCUGGGGUACCGCAAAGGAAAUGCUCGAUAUGAAAGGGGGGGCAAUGGUGGAUUGGCCAGCAGAGGAAGAAGAGGAAAACCGGCUCACGAGUUUCAUGGCGCCAUCUGCCUCUACGGGGAGCUCAACUCGUAAAGAGCUGCACACCUGGUAUGGUAGCAAAGCGGUUGAGAUCUUAUAACGCUCACG